GACUUGAGAAGAGUCAAGAGAGCUACCGAGGAGGCACUUGCACUUGCCUUCUACGGCACUACCACCAGUACCCAACGCAAGCUUCUCGGUUCUCAUCUAGGAACAACAAUGGCCGUCACUUCUCUGCAGCUGCCCUCUCCGAUCCACUGGCUUACUCCUGCUAGAAAUGGCUGCACCCGCACAAGGCCGCGCGCUACUCUUGUUAGCUGUAAACAUAACCAGUCAACCAUUGUCCAAGAAGCAAGCAGGACAUCUCGUAGAGGUACCGUGGCAUACAUUUCGUCUGCUUUGUUUGCAAUGUUCAUGGUGGCUGAACGUGCUGAAGCAAGAACCUCCAAACAAGAGAACAAGAGGAAAGUAAUGGAGAAGCUGGAGAAGAUCCGGGAGGAGGCACUAGGCUCAAUGGAGAAGAAAGAGAACACGAGUAAGGAGUCUGUGGCGAACUUGCUAAUCCCUCCUACUUUGGUCGAUGCUUACAUCUGAAAGGCAUCGUCUCGUUAAUUUUUAUGUUUAUGCUAAAUGCUACUUAACACUUCUAAAUGUAAAAAAAGGCAGCCCGGUGCAUGUAGCUUCGCCCGGUGCUACUUAACACUUCUGAAUGUACUAGUAACAAUUGAGACCAGACAACCUUGCAAAAUAACUUUCCUGUGUCUUCA